AUGCUGUACACAUCAGUCCUUAUCUGCUUUUUGUUCAUGGGGAUCGCAGUCUGCGCCCCAGAAAAUAUUCAGAGCGAUGAUACCCGUACCGCUCAAGAUACCCACGACCUCCACGAUGCCCCAGUUGAACACACCGCCCCGCUUGAGAAGAGAUCUCCACGCUACGACUUCGGUUUAGGAAAACGGGCCUACAGCUACGUAUCAGAAUACAAACGACUCCCUGUCUACAACUUUGGAUUGGGCAAAAGGUCGCAGCUCUAUUCAUUUGGUUUAGGCAAGAGGUCCGUCGACGAUGACCAAUCCAGCGAUGAUUUCAUGAGUGACGUAAACCAGGCAAACAUGCCCGAACUCUUUGACCAAUAUGACGAUGCCGCAGUUUAUGAGAUCAAGCGUGCACGACCAUACAGUUUUGGACUCGGUAAACGUCUCGCCGAAGAUUCGGAGGAGAAUGAAGAGAAACGAGCCAGAAUUUACGACUUCGGAUUAGGCAAGAGACCAUAUCUCUACGAUUUCGGUCUUGGCAAACGAGCUAGAAGCUACAAUUUCGGUCUUGGCAAACGCCUCAGCAAAUUCAAUUUUGGACUAGGGAAAAGGGAACGAGACAUGCACCGAUUCAGCUUUGGCCUUGGCAAGCGAUCCAGCGAUAUGAACGACAGCGAAAAUUACAUGGAUGAAUAA